GACAUGGGAACACAGAACUAGAAAGGAUAUUACAAUUUAUGAAGGCAAUCCAGGCCAGAUUUCUCACUUGUGAGAUAUAGAUACUAAGACCCAGGGUAAACUGCGACCUUUCAAAGACCAACCAAUUGGUUAGUGAUAGAGCCAGGAUGACAAAUUAGUUUUCAUAAACCCUAAUCUACCACUUUUCUUAUACAGCAACAUUUGCUCCUAGUUCUUAGAAAGAAUUGGGGUAAUAUCAUAUAAGAUUCUCCCUGUAUUUGCUUUUGUAUUCUUUUUAUUUCAGUAAGUAAAUGCCAGUCCCUAGAAAGAGAGAACCAAAAUGUCUACCAGACCAGAUGUCAAGGCUACAGUGGGGGACAUUUCCAGUGAUGGCAAUUUAAACGUGGCUCAAGAGGAAUGCUCCAGGAAAGGUUUUUGUUCAGUCCGACAUGGGCUGGCCCUCAUCUUGCAGCUCUGUAAUUUUUCAAUUUACACCCAACAAAUGAACUUGAGCAUUGCCAUCCCAGCUAUGGUGAACAACACAGCCCCACCUAGCCAGCCCAACGCCUCCACAGAACGGCCUUCCACUGACUCCCAGGGCUACUGGAAUGAAACUCUAAAAGAAUUUAAAGCAAUGGCCCCUGCAUAUGACUGGAGUCCUGAAAUCCAGGGAAUCAUCCUCAGCUCCCUCAACUAUGGCUCGUUCUUGGCUCCAAUCCCCAGUGGCUAUGUGGCUGGAAUAUUUGGAGCCAAGUAUGUGGUUGGUGCUGGCUUGUUUAUUUCCUCAUUCCUGACCCUCUUCAUUCCACUGGCAGCUAAUGCGGGAGUGGCCUUGCUCAUUGUCCUCCGGAUUGUACAAGGCAUAGCCCAGGUUAUGGUAUUAACUGGUCAGUAUUCAAUUUGGGUCAAAUGGGCUCCCCCACUGGAAAGGAGUCAACUCACCACCAUUGCUGGAUCAGGGUCAAUGCUGGGGUCCUUCAUUGUUCUACUUGCUGGUGGUCUCCUCUGCCAGACCAUAGGAUGGCCUUAUGUCUUCUAUAUCUUUGGAGGAAUUGGCUGUGCCUGUUGUCUUCUCUGGUUUCCUCUCAUUUAUGAUGAUCCUGUGAAUCAUCCCUUUAUCAGUGCUGGUGAGAAGAGAUACAUUGUGUGUUCAUUGGCUCAGCAGGACUGUUCACCAGGCUGGUCUCUUCCCAUUAGGGCUAUGAUCAAAUCCUUACCACUCUGGGCCAUUUUAGUCUCUUAUUUCUGUGAAUACUGGCUUUUUUAUACCAUUAUGGCGUACACACCAACGUACAUCAGCUCGGUACUUCAAGCCAACCUCAGAGAUAGUGGGAUCCUGUCUGCCUUGCCGUUUGUUGUUGGAUGUAUCUGCAUUAUCCUUGGCGGUCUACUGGCAGACUUUCUUCUCUCCAGAAAAAUCCUCAGACUCAUCACCAUCAGGAAACUCUUCACUGCCAUUGGGGUUCUGUUCCCAUCCGUGAUCCUCGUGUCCCUGCCCUGGGUCAGAUCCAGCCACAGCAUGACCAUGACCUUCUUGGUGCUGUCUUCUGCCAUCAGCAGCUUCUGUGAAUCAGGAGCCCUUGUUAACUUCUUGGAUAUUGCUCCUCGGUACACUGGCUUUCUCAAAGGACUAUUGCAAGUCUUUGCACACAUAGCUGGAGCCAUCUCUCCUACUGCUGCUGGAUUUUUCAUCAGUCAGGAUUCAGAGUUUGGUUGGAGAAAUGUCUUCUUGCUUUCAGCUGCUGUUAACAUAUCGGGCCUGGUUUUCUACCUCAUCUUUGGCCGAGCAGAUGUGCAGGACUGGGCUAAAGAGCAGACAUUCACCCACCUCUGAGCAAACCGAGAGAUGUGCUAGAUCCUGGUGCUUAGUUCAUCAUUGUUUUCCCUCACAGACAUUUCUCUUUCAUGCCUGCUUGACUGAUAAGCCAUUAGCUAGACCCUGACUAUGUAACACUAAAGAUUUUACCAUGCCUGGAAAUUUUACAGGGGAAGAAAACACGCUAGUUAUUUAACUGCAAGCUACUAAAAGCAUAGGUGUGUUGAGAUUUCUGCGUUCUCCACUCUUCCACUGUUAUCCUAGUAAAAGCAUCAGGGGCUGGGGACAAUUUCUUUCCAAAGCAAAAGAGGAAGCCAGACCUUAGGACCGAGAACUGAGAAUCACAAGGGAGUUGCGCCCAACAUGCAGAACAUGAAUCCUCUGAGCUGUCCUCAAAAGAAAGCCCCAAACAACAGAAAGCAUAGUGUUUUCCAUUGUUAGUGAAAAAUGUCAAGGAGGAAAGAACAAUAAUGAUUCCAUCAUGAUAAGAGGAAUGAACGUGUCUGCAACUAAUGGGAGCAAGAUAGUACACUUUAACUCUUUCAGACAACUUGCAUUCUGUGGAUGCCAGCUUUGGAAUCAGAGCCACCUCUGGAAUACCUGUGCUUCCAGAGUCAGCUUUUGGACAGUUACCUUCUUUCUGGCCAUCUUGACUUCUGCCCCACAUCUGCUUUUUGGCUUUGUGCAGAUCUUUAACAUGUUAGUGAACAGACAUUGCCCAGUGUCUCUUCUAGCCCCUCCAACAGUUCUUCAUGUAGCACUGCUUUUGGACAGUGACCCAUGAUAUCUGCCUUCGUCUGCCCCUCUGACUGUUGGAAUCCCACGCACCAUUCAGUAGGAUUCAAUUCAACGUGGAACCAUUCAACAUUCACCUCAUUAACCUAAAAUGUCUCCCAAAGAUGUAUGUAAGACACACACUGCCCUAACCUCACUCCAAAUGUCUGGAGAAAUGUGUGUAGUGCUUUUGUUAAAGCCCCUAUAUGGGCAGCAUGGAGGACCAUAAGAUAGCAAAACCAUUUCAACACUAAAUGAAUAUUAAUGUACACACACCUUGUGGGGAUGGCAGAAAUCAAAACCAUACACAGCAUUAAGGAGUUCAGUGUCUCGGGAGGGCAGAUAACUUUAAUCAAAGUAUCACACAAGUGAAUAUGUAAUAACAACUGUAGAAAUAAUGAGUGGUUACAUGGGUUAUGAGAGUGGAUGAUAAGUGCACUAAUCUGAGUGUAAGGAAGGGCCACCCCUGCAAAGUUUCAGCUGAGCUGGGAUCUGAAGGAUAAUAGUUAACUGUUGUGGGAGACUGAGAGGAGAAUAUUUUAGGAAGAAAGAACAGCAUAAGCAAAAGUUUCAUGGCAGGAGGGAGAAAUUAGCUAUGGCCAGAGUAUAGAGAAUAAGGGAAGUAUGAUUUGUGAGGAGGCUGUAGAAGAAUUAAGGUCAGGAGCACACAGGAUGAUGUAGGCCCAGUGAAGUGCGUUGGUCUUUAUUUUGAAAUCAGUAGGAAGUGUCCUGGUUUUCAAAGGCACUCUGCAUGAGAGAUUAGGUUGGAGUAGGAGCUUACAGUGUAGUCCAGGAGAGAACAAUGGCCCCUGGCAUGAGGCAAUAGACAUGGUGAGAGGUGAAUGGAUUAUUUGAUUUAGGUGGAUUAUUUGAUUUAGGGAAUAAACCUGACAGGUCCUAUUACUAAGUGAGAGAGUGGAAGAUGUCCAGAGUAACUCCUGAGUUUUGGUUUGCUAUUAUAUUAAUGGGGAUGCCUCUAACACAGACAGCAACACAGAUAGCAAUUAUAUCCAAGUGAAGACAACAAGAAGGAAAAUGGACACAUGACUCUGGAUUUCUCUUGUGAGACCUGGGCUCCAUUUACAAACGUAUAAAUCAUCUUGAUAUAGGUAGUGAUUACAAUUUUUGCAUGGAUGAGACAUCCAUGGGUGAAAGUGGCAUAAGAAAAGGAAGCUUGGGAAUAAGCCUUAAAGAAUUCCAGUAUUUAAUGGUCAGCUGGAGGAUGAUUAGCAGAAAGAAAGAAAGAAAAGAAAGAAAGAGAGAGAGAGAGAAAGAAAGAAACAAAGAAAGAAAGAGAGGAAAGAAAAACAAAAGAAAGAAAGAAAAAGAAAGGGCCUGAAAGAUAGAAGGAAAACCAAGAGAAUAUGGUGCUAAGAAAGGAAAGGGAAGAGAGAAUGUUUCCAAAAAAAGUGAGUAGUUACCAAUGCCAAAUUUGCAGUGAUCCGUCCAGAUGAGAAGUGAGCAGAAAGUACAGAAAGGAGACCACUGCUGAGAAGUUUGGGUAUGAAAGGGUGGUGUCUUUGUCGCUUUCGUGUUGCUAUAAAGGAAUGCCUGAGGCUGGGUAACUUAUGAAGAAAAAGAGGUUUAUUUGGAUUGUGAUUGUGAUGGCUGGAAAGUUCAAGAUUGGGCAUCUGCAUCUGGCGAGGGCCUCAGGCAGCUUCUGCUCAUAGUGGAAAGUGAAGGAGUGUAGGCCUGUACAGAAAGCACAUGGUGAGACAGGAAGCUGGGAGGGGGAGAGGAGGUGCCAGGUUUUUUAAAACAAGCAGCUCUUGUAGGAAUGAUCUCACUCACCCCUGAGGAAGAGCUUUAAUGUCACUAGGGAUUCACCCUUAUGACACAAACACCUCCUGCAAGUGGACCCAACAUUGGGAUCAAAUUUCAAUAUUAGAUUUGGAGGGAACAGACAUCUAAACCAUAGCAGAAGGAAAGAGGCAAGAAAGUAGCUGCAAAAGCAUAUGGGCUCAAAGAAGGAGUUGAAAAUAAACAUGUUUAAGAUUGUGAGAAGGUGCUAGCUGACAGAGAAAAGUCGCAUAUGCAAAAAACACAAAGCACUAAUGGAAAGUUCCUGAGAAGGUUGUGACAAGGGAGGAAUUUUGUGACUUGAAGCCCAGUUAGGAGAAUGAUGAGAGAUGGCGUGAGGACAGCUCCUGCCUUUUCACCUGACAGCCCAAGAUGGUGUCUUCAUCUGCUAGUGCAAGAUCCAGGGAGGGUCUUAUUUUUAUAUCUUUCUUCCUACUUGGAAGGGAGGCAGUAAGUGGAGAAAGAUAAAGGUCUGAAGUGCUCUUGUCAGACCAGAGGAGAGAGGCCCUGCAGGUUGCCUGGCAGGGCUAUCGCCACACUGUUCCUCAGCUGCUUCAUUUAUGACAGUUUCCUCUACAUAGUCUGAAGACAAGCUCUUAAAGUUCAGGAACCAUGACAUACAUUAUUUUGUAGCAUCUUUAACACAAAGAACAACAGUAUCAUAUACAGUAAGUGCCAGUAAAUGCUGUUGAAUCGCAGUAUGAAUCAAUGAAUGAACAGCUCCAGAGUGGUGGGAGAACAGUUAGGGGAGAAAUGGAUAGGAAGGAAAAGGACCAGAUUUUUCUUUAAUUGUAUUUGUUUUCUGAGCAUCGAGUCAUCUAAACCUGUGGAUUAUCUUUUUUCAUCUGGAAUUAAGAUGUUAGAGACUGGGUCUGCUCCGUAUCAUUUCUCCAACAGUCACCAAGCCAACCCUAGCCUCUCCCUGGAUCCUGUUCUUUCUUUCUUAUCUGUCACUUUUAGUUAUUUCUGAAAAUGAGUUACAUUUCUCCCUGGGCCCACCAGCAAGGGAGCUGACUUGUGCUGUUUCCUCUAAAAUGGGCCAUCCUUAAAUUAUGGAAAUCUCCUAAAAUUUUGCACUAGCUCACACAUCUACAAUGAGAAAGAAUAAAAGUUAAAAAUUGUGGAAAAAGUCUUUCAUGAAGCCUUAGAAUAAAAUUUUAUCUUGUGUGUAUUUAUUGGUUUAACAAUCAUUUAUAAAGCAACUGAUGCAGAGAGGAAGACUAAGAUAAAUCACCACCCCCAUU